GUGUCUUCAGUGUGGAAAUUCUAAAGAUGGUGAAGCUACAGUUGCCCAAUCCUGGCCUGGAGGACAGGAUCCCUUCCUAUGACCAGCUUGAGGUCCUUGAGAAAGAGGAGGCAGACUCCAGACCAAAAUGGGAUAACAAGGCUCAGUAUAUGCUGACGUGCAUAGGGUUUUGUGUGGGCUUAGGAAAUGUCUGGAGGUUUCCCUAUCUCUGUCAGAGCCAUGGAGGAGGAGCCUUCAUGAUCCCCUUCCUGAUAUUGCUAAUCUUAGAGGGGAUCCCUCUGCUUCACCUUGAGUUUGCCAUUGGUCAAAGGCUGAGGAAAGGCAGUGUGGGUGUCUGGAGCUCUAUCCAUCCUACCUUGAAAGGGGUUGGCAUAGCAGCAAUGUUUGUAUCCUUCCUGGUGGGUUUAUAUUAUAACACUAUUAUUGCCUGGGUAAUGUGGUAUUUCUUCAACUCCUUCCAAGAGCCCCUGCCUUGGAGUAUCUGCCCUCUCAAUGAAAACAGAACAGAUUACCUAGAAGAGUGUUCCAAGAGCUCUCCUGUAGAUUACUUCUGGUACAGAGAAACAUUAAACAUCUCCACUUCCAUUGACAAUUCAGGCAGAAUACAGUGGUGGCUUUUGUUAUGUUUAACAUGUGAAUGGGGUGUAUUGUAUCUGUGCACAAUCAGAGGCAUUGAAACAACAGGAAAGGCUGUGUAUGUAACAUCAACUCUUCCAUACCUUGUGCUUACCAUUUUCCUAAUCCGUGGCUUGACACUGAAAGGAGCAACAAGUGGAAUUGUCUAUCUCUUCACCCCCAAUGUUGAAGAGCUGGCUAACCCAGCGACGUGGCUGGAUGCGGGUGCUCAGGUCUUUUACUCUUUCUCCCUGGCUUUCGGAGGCCUCAUUUCUUUCUCCAGUUACAAUUCUGUCCACAACAACUGUGAGAAAGAUGCCCUGAUUAUCUCAAUCAUCAAUGGUUUCACAUCCAUCUAUGCAGCAACAGUCAUAUACUCCAUCAUUGGAUUCAGAGCCACAGAAAGAUAUGAUGACUGUUUUAACAGAAACAUCCUUACUCUGAUUAAUGCAUUUGAUUUGCCAGAAGGUAAUGUAACCCAAGAUAACUUUGAACAAAUCCAGCAGCUUUGUAACUUUACUGAUCCCGUGACUUUUGCAAGCCUGAAGUUUGAAACUUGUAAUCUGGAAACCUUCCUGAAUGAUGGAGUCGAAGGAACUGGCCUGGCCUUUAUUGUCUUCACUGAAGCCAUCACCAAAAUGCCUGUUUCACCUCUGUGGUCCAUCCUUUUCUUCACCAUGCUCUUCUGCUUGGGUUUGUCAUCUAUGUUUGGAAAUGUGGAAGGUGUGCUUGUACCUUUACAAGAUCUUAAAAUUAUACCCCCCAAAGUGCCUAAGGAAAUUGUUACUGGUCUCAUUUGUAUUGGGUCCUAUUUGCUCGCUUUCAUUUUUGUAUUAAGCUCUGGUAAUUACUGGCUGGAGCUAUUUGACAGUUUUGCUGGAUCUACUCCCUUGCUAAUAAUUGCAUUUUGUGAGAUGUUUUCAGUGGUCUACAUCUAUGGAAUAGACAGGUUUAACAGGGAUAUUGAGUUCAUGAUUGGACACAAGCCCAAUUUUUUCUGGCAAGUUACCUGGCGAUUUAUCAGCCCUCUCAUUAUGUUAGUUAUCUUCUUCUUUUAUUUUGUGGUGACAGUCAACAAGGAACUGCUCUAUAGCAUUUGGGAUCCUAGCUAUGAGGAGUUCCCCAAAACACAGAAGAAAGAAUAUCCCAGCUGGGUGUAUGCUAUCAUUGUAAUCCUUGCUGGAGUGCCCAGCUUGGUCAUCCCCACCUUUGCCAUCUACAAAGCCAUCAGGAACUACUGUCAGAAUAAAAGUGAUCGUACAGGACUUAUAGUCUCCUCAUCUGAGACCUCUGUUAAUGGAAACCUAAAGUAUUCAGCAUAAAACCAUUUAAAAAUGUGGAAGAAUGC